GUGUAGACCUUUAGAGUAAAAACAUUAGAAGAAGAAACAAACACCGACCGCAGUAAUUUCUAAGGGUUUGUGAAAACGAAAAGGAAAAUUUGUGUCUACAUUUCCUGUUACGAUUUUAGUUUUUAUACAAUUUCUAGUAAAAUUACUGCAAAGAGCAUAAUUAUCGCAAUUUUGUCCAGAGAGCGAGCUAACAGGCUAACUAGCUUAGCUUCAGGAUGAACUCUCUGGUUAACUACGGAGCGUCCUCUGACAGCGAGGAGGAAGUGGAGGACGUAGAUUUCAGGACAACUUGCUCCCCGAAGGACUUGGGCGAUGAUGCUGUUACCAAGAAGAGCCGCAACUUUCUACUCGAGUCUGGUUCCGCCUCAAGCGACUCGGACGAUCCAGAGCCCCCAUCAUCAUCUCCACAUCAACAAACUCCACUGUCUUCUGCACUGGUCUUCCCCCCACCCUCGCUAGGGCCUCCUACUCCUAUUAAAUUACCAUCGCCAUCUCUAAAUGCCUCCUCUGGUAGUAGCGUGUUUACCAACCCCUUCAAGGCUCAAGCAGAGCAGAAGCUUAGCGCCCUGCAGAAACACGUUCCCCUCACGAUGCAGGCCAGACCCUCUCAGAUAGGAGGUAAAAAGGUGUGUGUGUCAUACAGGAAGAAUGGAAGGUGCAGGUUUGGGAUCAAAUGCAAGUUUGCUCAUGACAGUGACCUUCAGACCCCAGCAACUGCCAGCGACACUCAUCCAGGUGUGAAUGAGGACACACCAUCAGCUCACUCUGGGGGUGGAGGAGCCCUCAACACCAAGCAAGAACCAAAGAGGUCUGAACAGCAGCAAACAAAGAAGAGGGUUGGAUUGAGUAACACUUUGAUUCCCCCCAAAAGAGCGCUGAAGCAGUAUACGAUGCAAAGGGAGAGAGAGAGAAUCAAUACUAUGGACAAGUCUGCAUCACCUGCAGCUCAUUAGUUUUUAUUUCUUAAAUAUACACAAAGCAUCUUUAUUUUUGCUUAAACUACGUAAAUAACUGAACUGCACUGACAACAACAUGUAAAUAUUUACUCUGCAGUUGGAUUUUCCACAUAAAUGAACGAACACACAGGAUAAAUGUUGACCUUUAUUUACAUUGUAUAAAUGCACUGGUUAAUGUGUUUGUGCUCAGACAAAUUCAUUGUGACAGAUGAUUAGUUUCUACAUAGCUUCGUUUUUCAAACAUCACAAGUAAAAGACAAAUCUGUGACAGCUUACUGGUUUGAACAUGAUCUGCGUACGUCACCGGUCAUUAUUUGGCUGCUUAGAAUGGACAGAAAUAAGAAAUAGACUAAGAUGGUUACUGUUCCUACUGUCUGUCUCAGGUUCAUUUACUGCAAAAUAUCAGAAAUAAGCAUUUUCUUAACUUUUUAACAUGUUAAAUGUGUUUGUCUUCUUUUCAAGGGGUUGGCACGUUCCCUCCGUCUUUGACAUUAGAUCUGUUUAUAUUUGUAUCUUUAUCUUGGAAAAAUAGGCAAUAAAUGAAAAGAUGACCAGUGUUUAAAAAUGAA